CUGUGGGGCGGCGGGCUGUGGCGACAGGGAGGUGCUGAUGGCGGCCAUUGGCGUACACUUGGGUGCCACCUGUGCCUGUGCUGCCGUAUACAAGGAUGGCCGUGCCGACGUGGUUGCUAACGACGCUGGGGACAGGGUCACUCCUGCGGUGGUUGCGUUCUCGGAGAGCGAGGAGGUUGUUGGCUUAGCUGCAAAGCAAAGUAGAAUAAGAAAUAUUUCAAAUACUGUAGUGAAAGUGAAGCAGAUCCUGGGGCGGAGCUCUGGUGAUCCACAGGCAGAGAAAUACAUUGCAGAAAGCAAAUGUUCAGUAAUUGAGAAGAAUGGAAAGCUUCAAUAUGAGAUAGAUAAUAAAUUUAUUACCCCAGAAGAUGUGGCAAAACUAAUUUUCAGUAAAAUGAAAGAAACUGCUCAGUCUGCAUUGGGCUCAGAUGUGAAUGAUGUUGUUAUCACUGUACCAUUUGAUUUUGGAGAGAAUCAGAAGAAUGCCCUUGGGGAAGCAGCUGCAGCUGCUGGAUUUAAUGUUAUGAGAUUAAUUCAUGAACCAUCUGCAGCUCUCCUGGCUUAUGGAAUUGGCCAAGAUUCACCCACUGGGAAAAGCAAUGUGUUGGUUUAUAAACUUGGUGGAACAUCACUUUCUAUCACAAUCAUAGAAGUGAACAGUGGGAUAUAUCGUGUGCUUGCUACAAACACAGAUGAUACCAUUGGCGGUGUUUGCUUCACAGAAGCUCUAGCACAACACUUAGCUUCUGAAUUUCAGAGGUCUUGUAAACAUGAUAUUAGAGGAAAUCCCAGAGCCAUGAUGAAGUUAAUGAACAGUGCUGAUAUUGCAAAACACUCUUUGUCAACCCUGGGAAGUGCAAACUGUUUUGUGGAUUCAUUGUAUGAUGGAUUGGAUUUUGAUUGUAACGUGUCCAGGGCCAGGUUUGAACUUAUCUGCUCUCCACUUUUUAGUAAAUGUGUAGAAGCAAUUAAAAAGCUCUUGCAGCAAGUUGGAUUUACAGCAGAUGAUAUUAAUAAGGUAGUCCUGUGUGGUGGGUCUGCUCGAAUCCCAAAGCUACAGCAGCUGAUCAAAGACAUUUUCCCAACUGUGGAAUUACUGAAUUCAAUUCCUCCAGAUGAAGUUAUUCCCAUUGGUGCAGCCAUAGAGGCAGGAAUCCUGCUAGGGAAAGAGAAUCCUUUGUUAGAAGAAGAAGCACUUAUUGAGUGUUCUGCCAGAGAUAUUCUUCUUAAGGGAGUAGACGAGUCAGGGGCUGACAAAUUCACAGUGCUGUUUCCAUCAGGGACACCACUACCAGCUCGAAGGCAGCACACCCUGCAUGCUCCUGGAAACAGUUCCUCUGUGUGCCUUGAACUGUAUGAGUCACUGGGGAAAAGCCCCAUGAGUGAAGAAGGUAAAUUUGCACAGAUUGUACUCCAGGAUUUAGAUAAAAAGGAGGAUGGCUUGCAUGAUAUACUGACUGUCCUCACUAUGAAAAGGGAUGGCUCCUUACAUGUUACGUGCACAGAUCAAGAUACUGGAAAGUGUGAAAUCAUCACUGUUGAAGUGGCAUCAUAGUCUGUGGGAAAGAAGUUGAUUUUUGUCUUUUGUUGGCUGUUCUGCCAAAGCACUGACCCCGAGAUGUCAUUCAUGAUUCUUACAGGACUGUAAUAAGCUGAAAUAGUAAUUUGCCACAAUGUCUGUUUGGAGUGGAAAGUGUGGUGCAAACUGUUAACCAAGACACGCAAUCAGUGAGCACUGAAUUACAGCACUCAGUUUCAAAAAGGCAGAGCUCAAAUCCUUGUGCUUGUUACCAAACCACAGGCAAGUUACAUAGUCUAAAGAUUUUUUUUUUUCUUGGACUAACUGGGUCAUGUACCAGUUGAACCAGAGUAUCUGUGACUUUAACAACACAGCAUUGAAACGCUGAGAGCUGGGCUGUUGAGAAUCCACUCUAGUUAUACCAAAUUCUACUGAGAUCCUGCGUGGUCUCGAUGCUGGCCUCUUGAGCGGGAUGUGCGUUUUUUGUUUUGUUUGUAUUUCUGGAGUUACUGUAAGAUUCUUUUGUGGUGUGACCCGGACAAUGUGUGUAAGGGUUAUAUGUGCUUAUUUGUUAUUAAUAAAAUACAUUUUCUUAUGCA